UAAUAGGUAUUAGGAAAUAUGUCCAAAACUCUUUAAAUUUGUAUUUGCCAGGCCACAUGUGAUUCUCUUCUUGCUGAAGUGAAGCCUCAGUUACAGAAACUUUUUUUUGUUCUGCUACUAUAUUUUUCACUUUUGUGUGUGUUUGUGUAUGAGGAUUUGAUAUUACUUCUUCGGUUAUAUACAAACAAGUGAGACUAAGGACCGUGACCUGAAAAUUCAUUAAUGUAUUACAAAGGAUGAGUAGUUUUCCAAUACGAAACACUCAAUGCAGUAAAUAAAAAGUAAUCAAUUCUGGAUGACAGCAUUUUGUGGCAAUUAAUGGAGAGGAAAUACAGCCUAUGUGAAGAUAAUGUAUGGUUAUGCAGUGCUACUCAGAGUAAGGGCAGCAUUAUUCUGCAGCUUGCUAACCAUUCUGCUCCUUAUAAUUACCUGUUAAAACUACACCUUUUAAUAUUUGAAUGCAAAUGGACAUGCAGAAAUGUGGUAAAUAGCAGUGUCUUGAUGCAGGGCUCAGGUGGCGCAGCCUGGUCACAAAGAGCAAUGUGUAAUCAGCUGCAGGAAAUGUUUUUCUCCUGUCAUCCUGUCUAAUGGCUUGAACUGUAAGGAAGGGCACAACAUUAAGGCUCCAGGAAUGAGAAGUUCACAUGCAGAUUGUGUGGCACCAGCUAAUUGUCCAUCAGCUGCUUGCACCUGGAGAAACAAAUACUACCAGACUAUGAAAACUGUAGGAGGUGGCUCUCUAGCCACAGGUCCUUUAAUUACUUUUGGAACUUAGGAAAACAUAGGUGUGCUACCCUCUGCAUUUUCUGCAGCCAAUAACUUGGAUUAUUGCUAGCUCUGUAACAUCUUGCAAAAGGUCUGGGCUCUUCCAGCAUGACUGAGUUUGUUCAGAGGACACCAGAGUUCUUUUGAUGUAAUUUACCACAAAAAUGAGAGUUCCUCCUUAUGUUUGAGAGAACUUUGCAAAGGUCAGUUGCAGUCCCAUCAGUGUCAACUGUAGUUCACAGUAAAGUUCACACUUUGAACUGUAGUUCAAAGUAAGUAUUUAUAUCAGCAAUACUUUUUUAAAAGCAGACAUCCUGAAAAUAGCUGAAUAUAUUCCUCAUUCAGGUGUAGAUGUAGAUAGGACCUGAAAUUCACUGUUCUUGCAAAGGCAGUUGUUAAAACCAGAUUAAUUUUACAGGUACAUUUGACUGAAUGGAUGUCACAGAUGAACCUCUGUGGUCAUGUCUGGUUAGUGUCUGUGAAUUAAAAUGUCACCAUAUGUAACUGUGGCAGCCAGGGAGCCCUUUCUGCAUGUAAACAACUGGGGUGGAAGAAUCCCGUGAGCAGGAUUCCAUGGUAUAGCAUGUGUGUAUAUACAGCCUGACUUUUCUGCUACUUAAGAGGCAGGGACUAAAUUGAUCUGGUUUGGAGAACAGUGUUAAGUUGGAUUUGAAGUAAUGCAGUUGUAUUUAUGCUGUCCUUGAAUAGGGGCUACUGAUGAAAAAGUGAUUUUGACUGUGUCUGGUCUGUGUUGAGUAUUUCGAUAGAGCCAAAAAAAAAAAAAAAGGUUUAAGGAGACUAAUGAACAGGAAUGUAUAUAUUUAGCUUUUGCUUCCCAAACACCUUAUGGCCUCUCUUGCUUACUUACAGAGAGUCAUCUCAAUUACAAUUACCUUUUUUUUUUAUCUGUAUGGUCAACUUGAAGCAAGAAUUUGGCUGAACAAAAAGAGAGUCCUAGAACUUCUUUCAGAAAAAUGAGAGGAAACAACUUGUCUGCUUGAACACUGCUGUGGUUAACUGUUUUUUCCAAGACAAAUGCUUAAAAAUGGUGGGUGUUAGAAGAAAUGGUCUCUGCACUCUCCUUGUCUGUGGGAAGUGCUAUACAGACUGUACAUUUCGAAGGACCUUGGUUUCCUCAAAAUGCAGUAUUUAGGGACCAGUCACACAGUUUAUUCUUUAUUUUAAUUUUUUUUUUUUAAUUUUAGGGUUUUUAUGGCAAUAGGAUUGACUGGAGUGCUGCCACUUAGGAGCUGUAUUUCCUAUGCUUUUCAUCAAGCUAUUGUAAUUUUCUGUGGACAGAACAGAGUGUUGCUUCGAUGGUAGUGCUAUAAUUAACUUGGAGGCAAACUUCCUUUGUUUCCUCUGUAGGUAGUAUGCAGGGAUAUGAGUCAGUAAUAACCAAUUACCUUGUUUAUAGUGAAGUUAUCCUUAAGUGGCCUUGAUCUGCUGUAGCAACAAUAAACGUGGAGCAUCUUAACACUUCUUUUGGCUUUGUUAUAUGUAAAAAAUGAAGGUGUUAAACUGGACUCAUAAACAGUAAGAUCUCCUCCCUCCUGCCUUACAACCUGCCCUGCUCUGUAGGAAUUAUGGCUUUGGAGUUCUUGUCCAGAGGACUGGGUAUUGACUUUGAUCUGAAAAUAGAUAUAGCUUAAUUAGAUACAGCUUAAUUGCUGAUGGACAAGGGCAUGGUGGGACAGGAUUCUCAUCAGUAAUGGGAAACACAGCUUCCAGGUGCUCCUUGUCAGCUGUAGAAUAACAGAUACCAGUACUGGGUGACAAAGCUUUCCUUUCACAGAUGUAUGUGGAGGCUGAAGAUGCUUUGUGGUUGGGAUAUUUACCUUAAUUAAUUCUGCUUAUUUCUUUUUUAAAGUUUUUCAUAGAUCUGCAUUAGAAUUAAGACUUGGAUUUUGAAGUGUUGGAGCAACUUGCUACUAUCCAAGUCAUGACACUCCCGUUUCGAAAGGACUUGGACAAGUACAAAGAUCUCGAUGAGGAUGAAAUUCUUGGCAAACUUUCGGAAGAAGAACUGAAACAACUGGAAACUGUUUUGGAUGAUCUUGACCCCGAGAAUGCGCUGCUGCCCGCAGGCUUCCGGCAGAAGGACCAGACUGCCAAGAAGGCCUCGGGUCCCUUCGACAGGGAACGGCUCCUGGCCUAUCUGGAGAAGCAGGCGCUGGAGUACAAGGACAGGGAAGACUAUGUGCCUUUUACAAGAGAAAAGAAAGGGAAAAUAUUUAUCCCCAAGCAAAAGCCUGUACAGUCUUUCACAGAAGAAAAAUUCUCUCUUGAUCCAGAACUGGAGGAAGCCUUGACCAGUGCCACAGACACAGAAUUAGGUGACCUUGCAGCAAUACUGGGAAUGUCCAACUUAAUAACAAACAACCAGUUCUGUGAUGUAGUAGGAAGCAGUAAUGGGAUUGACAAAGACAACUUCUCAAAUAUAGUAAAAGGUGAAAAAAUGUUGCCUGUUUUUGAUGAACCACCAAAUCCCACAAAUGUGGAGGAGACACUGCAAAGGAUUAAAGAUAAUGAUUCUCGUCUUGUUGAAGUUAAUCUAAAUAACAUUAAGAACAUACCAAUUCCAACGCUGAAAGAAUUUGCAAAAGCCUUAGAAACCAACACACAUGUGAAGAAUUUCAGCCUGGCAGCCACCCGAAGCAAUGAUCCUGUUGCUGUUGCCCUUGCAGAUAUGCUGAGAGUAAACACAAAAUUAAAAAGUUUGAACAUAGAAUCAAACUUCAUCACUGGAGUUGGAAUUCUGGCAUUGGUUGAUGCACUGAAAGACAAUGAAACGUUGACAGAGAUUAAAAUUGAUAAUCAGAGGCAGCAGCUGGGCACAGCUGCAGAAGUAGAAAUUGCCAAGAUGCUUGAAGAAAACAACAAGAUCCUCAAAUUUGGAUACCAUUUCACACAACAGGGACCUCGAGCCAGGGCAGCUGCAGCUAUCACAAAAAACAAUGAUUUGGUUCGGAAGAGGAGGGUUGAAGGGGACAAUUAGCAAAGCUGAUGCCAGAACUGUGGAGUCAGUAUGGGCAGCACCGUGGGCUUUGGCAAUCUUGGACUACAUUGAUCUGGGUUAGAAGGGAAAAGACUGGAAACCCCAUUCCUUUUAAAGCAAAGCAGUAGAAUCAUCUGCUGGUAUGCAGCAUGGUUUUGGGAUGGAUGGAGACACAGUAAUUGUGCCAGUCUCUGUACCAUAGGUUUUGAUUGGGUUUUUUAAAGAACUUUUUUUGUAUUUCAAGACUUUGGCUGUGCUUUCUACUAAAAAUGUAAUUGCAGAUCAGUAGUAUAAUUGUCUGUACUCAAAGAAUGGGAUGUUUAAGAUCAUUGGGCAGAUACUGACCCAACUAAAUGUUUGUAAGAAAAUCUGGGGGGUGUGUAUUUACAUGGAGGGGUGUGUAUAUAUUCCUGACAACAAUGCCUUAGUAAGAAGGGAUUCUUCACCCAGCAGCUGGACUCGUGUAGAGCUGUUCAGCUUUGUUCAUAUGCACUGAAGAGAAAUCUUUCACAGCAAUGUUAUUUGUAAUUCUACUGUUUUAUUUUUUUAUUUGUUCUUGAUACUGUAAUCAAGUUCAAAGAUAUCCUUUUAAGCCAAACAAAAAUAAACGGGCUAAGGACUUUUCCCAAGAGAUUACAGAGACUAAUACAAAAGUGGAAGCCUUGCAAAACAAUAAAAAAAUUCAGGAGCCUUGUAAAAUGAAAGUUUUCCUGUUACACCUAAAUCCUUAAAGUCUUUUUCAAAAGGUCCCGUAACUGUCUUGCUCUGUAUCUAAACUGGAUACGUUUUUAGACUGAUUCCAUGUGUUCAUCACCAUUAUUUAGUUUAUAUUCUUUGUUUAAAAAUUAUCUACAUUCAUAAGUAUCAAUUUCUCUAGAAGUAGUGGACAUUAAUAUUUAAAAUUCUGCAUAACUGUACAGGAAAAGCAGCCUUGACUGUAAGACCACUGACUUAAGUUGCAUUACAUUAAGCUCUUUGUACUUCAUAAAAAUCUAACAGUUUUUAAUAAUGAAGUAACACUUUUAAGAAAGUUUUUUUUCCAUUCUAUAUCUGUCUUGAUGUUGAAACACUACCUAAGACAUGCAAAAACUAAUCAAUAUGUAGUGUCAAAUCUCUAGGGUGUAGUCAUUGUUCAAGUGUUUAAAGUUCUAUAAGCAAACUAAUAAGGCAACAAGAAUCACUUCAACUUCUGUACAUAAUCACAGUACACUUUGAAAUAUGAAAAUCGAGAAGCUUUUUGGUGUAGGUGUGUUUGGACUGUCUUGUACUAGUUUGCUUUGAGAUCACAAAAAUGUUCUACAGGACUGCUUGGCUGUAUUUAUAGCAACAAAGAAUUCAACUGACAACUGUUUGCAUUCAAAGAUCAUACUGUGGUGAGCAUUAUGUGUAGAAACCAUAUUGGACUGAGAAUUUUGCAUCAGGUUGUAUAAACUGUAAAAACAGAAUGAGUCUCUGACACUGUGCCCACAUGGUAAUUUGCUGCAAAUCUUGGUUUGGAUCUUUAAAGCCAGACUUUAUUUUGGAGGUGGCUUCAAAUUUUAUUGCAACUAUACAGAGAAUUUUGAACUAUAAUGCCUUCAGUGGGGCUGUAUAUAACUGGUUUAUACUCAUGGAAGAAGCUUCCCCCCCCCCUAUUUCCAAAUCAGCCUUUUAUUAGAAUUACAAAUAAAUAUUUGCUCUGAAAACCAACUUGGAAUUAAUUCAGUUAAAACCAAAGACUACAGUUACUGUAACCUCACAACAACACCAGAAGUGUUCUGAUGAGACACAAAAAGGGCUUCUUUUGGUUUGGCUUUUGUAAAUUUUCAAGAACUUUUUAGAUUUUGAAAUAGUUUAAUACAAUAUGUAUACAGGCACAAGUGUCUUUUUACAGACACUGCUGUAUAAACAUGGCCAAAGCAUGUCAUGUGCUGAGUUGCCUAAAGCUGUACUUUACUUUUUAUUUGCUAGGCACCAUAAUAAUUUUCUGUCAAACAACAGGCUGUAAUGUCUUCCUUCAUUUGUUGAAGGGCUGCAUGUUCACAGAAUCUAUUCAUGUAUUUGAAUUCUAUGAUGAGUUAUUUUAUCACUACCUAAAAAGAUUAGGCAGUUAUCUCCUACUUGAAAAUGAAGGAGAAAACUGAAAGGCUGGAUUAUGGAAAUAAUAGCCCAAAUCCCUUUCUUGCUUUUACUAAAUCAAGUUUGGCUGUUUUUAAUUAUUUAUAUUCCAGUCAAAGGCAGGGCCAGUUAAGUUGCAGCUCUCAGGUGUCCUGUCACAAAUUAUAGUAUUGGACCCUAAUAAAUGGUUUAGCUCUGUAGACAACAGCUAAAAAUUUGACUGCUUGUGCCUUUCAGUACAGAUACCUGACAGGCAUGGAAAACAGUUUUUUUCAACUAGAGGGGUUUAAUCAUCCAAAUUGUUGCAAGACCUUUGGCAUGGUGCACGGAACAGUUAACAGCAAUCACUUUUGUGCCUGCAGUGUGCAUCCUUUUUGGAAUAAAUGAAGAAAUUCAGUCUGUAGCCAGGAAUCUUCAAGAGUCUCCACAAACAAAGUGAACACUGCUGUAAUGCUGUGGAGUGUGGUGAGAUCCUGCAUAUGACUCCACUGAUCGUGAGUGCAGGAGUGGUGUUACUUGGAGAGCCAGUUACCAUAAACACGAGAUCUUUUUUCCAAAAGAGAUACUGUUUUCUUACUGAUUAUUUUUCUGGCUUAAUGCAGAAAUCAAAUGACUGCAUAUGUUGAUUCUGUUGGUUCCAAGCUAAGCAUAGAAAUAUAACCAAUAUUUCAGAGCAAUUACCUAUUUACUCUUGUAUUUUAAAGAAAUAACUUCAUUCUCUCUACAGCUUGAGUAAUCCUGCGUUUGUAAGCUACAAACGAGCAAGUGUUCAAUUUAAAUUUCCAUUGAGGAAACAGGUAUUGAGUGUUUUAGCAUAUCAGCACUAUAUGCUGUCAGAUUGUAAAACAGUUACUAAUUUUUGGAUGAUUAAAGUACUGUAUUCCUGUUGUGGC